AUGGAGAAGCCUCCUACGAGCCCGGCAAUCCAGGUCGAGGCUGCAGAAUCCCAAGAACUACCUGCUGUGCCUGUAUCCGAAAGACCAAUGACCAAUGACUCCGUCACACCCAAGACCUGGCUCGUGGUGUUUGCUCUAUCCGCCUCCUCGGGUCUUUCCAUAUGGCUGCUUCCCACCGUGGGAACGGUUUCAGCCCAGGUUUCUGCCAAACUGCAUGCCGACGCAGGCCAGAGCACCUGGUUCCUCUCGGCCUUCUCCGUGGCCGCCAUCGUUGCUUCGAUGAUUUGCGGCGCCAACAGUGAUCUCUUCGGUCGGCGCUACUUCAUCUUGUUCGGUAACUUGUGCAUGGUGAUCAGUGGUGUCCUCACGGGCGCUGCGAAGUCUUCCAACCACUUCAUCGCCGGCAUGACCAUCGGCGGAUUCGGCACUGGUUGUUGUCAGAUGGCCUGUUUCGCUCUCCCGGAGCUCCUGCCCCUCAAAUGGCGGCCACUGGGUGUCGUUCUCUCCGAAGCGUUUGCAUACUUUUGCCUGGUCGUUGGGCCGGUCGCCGGUAAAUUUGCAGUGAACAACGGCGGGGAGAACGGUGAGGGCUGGAGGUGGCUGUUCUAUCCCAAUGCCAUCGCCAAUGCGGUCACCGGCCUGAUGCUCGCUUUCCUCUACUUUCCGCCCGCUCAUCCGCGUGGUAUUCCGUGGCACCAUGCCCUUCGCCAACUCGACUACGUCGGGAUCGCCCUGUUCAUCUUGUCCAUCACCCUCAUUAUGGUCGGCAUUGUCGACACCUCAUAUAUCGCCGACAAGUCGGACCCCAAGAUCGUGGGCACCCUCGUCAGCGGAUUUGUCUUGCUGGUGAUAUUUGGCUGCUGGGAGACGUGGGCGCCCCUCAAGCAACCUCUCACUCCAUCACGUAUCUUCAGCCGAAAUCGGGGCCGCGCAUUCACCGCGCCAUUCAUCUGUGGUAUCUCAAGCGGGAUGUUCUACCUGGGGCCCAAUAUCUUAUGGGGUACCAUGGUCAGCGUCUUCUUCACCAAACCCACGGAUCCGAUUUCCCACGGCAUGAAGCUGGCUAUGGUCCAAGGUCUGGGCAUCACCGUCGGCUCCAUGGGCCUGGCGAUAUUAGGGGGCCGCAUCAAGCAUUGGAAAUGGCAGAUGAUAAUAGCCUUCACCCUGAUGACCCUGUUCGGUGGGCUCUUUGCCCUAGGCCGACCAGGCCGUGUGGCGCCUCUCAUCUUCAUUUGUGCCUGUUCGGGCAUCACCUACUCCUGGGCAGCAUAUCUCGGCAUUGCAUAUAUCCAAUUCGGCGCCGAGCAGGUCGAUCUCGGUAUUGCUGGAGGUCUUGCUGCCGUGACUCGUUACGCCGGAGCCCUGAUCGCCACCACGGUUUUCUCCACCAUCUUGAACAACACCCUUUCCAGUGAGGCUGUCAAGCGGGUCAUCCCCGCUGCUGAAGCCGCUGGAGCCUCGCAAGCUGUAGCACAGCAAGUCCUGAGCGCCCUGCCUCUCGGUGCCGAUGCCUUGGCCAAGAUCCAGGGCGCCACGACCGCCAUUAUUGCAGCAGCCGGGAGCGCAUUCACAGAGAGCUACGUGAAAGCCACUCAGACGGUUGCGUUGACCUCGAUCGCUUUUGGUGGUGUAGGAAUGAUCUCGGCUCUGUUCUUGGAGGACAUUACGGCCAAGAUGACGCCCAAGAUUGAGGUGUUCCUCGAGAACGACGUCAACGCCGAGAAGAACAAGUUCCACUAG